UAAUCUAAAUGGGCCAUUUGGGCCCAAUAGCUACAGAACCAUGAUCUUCAACCUAAACCCUAAAGCCCCUUCUUCUCUCUUUCUGCGACUCUAUCAGUGAAUCGAUUCCAACAAGCAUCGAAGCUCGGGAAUUGAAUUGAAUUUCUUUACCUAGUGGUGAGGUUGCAGAUUGGAAGAAGAUGAAAAAGGGUGUUCAUCCACAGAAGCAAUGGAUAUCCUACGUUACACAAACAGGUAGGUUGAUGCAUGUGAUGAUGACAAAGAUACACCCUGUUGGAAAAGUCUACCACUUCCGGGCUAAGCGUCAAAUGGCCGAGAGUUUAGGACAGAUUGCUAAGUUCAGACGCCGCUUUGGUCUAGAAAAUCAAGCGGCCAAUGAAAAAUAACAAUUUCAGUGGGCAGAAGGAACUUUGGCUUUUCAUUUUGGAAGAGAAUAACAGGUAUAUUGGUGGUAUACUCUCAAUCAGGUUCUUUUGUAGCAUUCAACAUGUCUAGUUAAUCUGCAGAAAUGUUUCAUAUCAAGUGAUGUCUUUAGCAGUUGAUAUUUGCUUGUGGGUUUAUUAAUGCAAAUUCAAGCUAGAGAUCUUUGUCGACUCUUUUGCAUAUUACGAGGAAAUUUAUUGCUGGGCACUAGGUUAGCCUGAUGCUUAUGUUGAAGGGUGAAAUUGCUAGUUUGAAUUGAACAACGGUAUCUAGUGAUUGUUUAGUUUCUUAGUAUAAAUCUUGUCUGAAACAACCAUCUGCAAUAUGCCUAUUUUAAUUUGUUCUUUGAUCGGCUCUCUAUUAUCUGGCAUUAUCUGUGUCUGUUUAGAAGUUUUAGAGAAGGUUAAGAAUUACCAUAUUUUAAUCUUGCAUAACAUCCCAUGAUUGACAAUGGAGGAAAAUAUGGAUUAUUUAUAUGGUAGGAUAAGUUUCCUGCAGCAGAAUAUGAUUUUUGUACACUGUCAAGUCAAAUUCAGCUUAUGCACCAAAAGAAUAUAUCAUCAAUAUUUAUUCUC